AUGUCCAACCGUGAAGAACUCAUUCGCAAUGCUGUCGCUUUCCUCUCAGACCCAAAAUCCCAAGCAUCGCCUUUGACUCAGAGAAUACAAUUUCUCGAAGCAAAAGGUCUAACUCCGCCUGAGAUUGACCUCGCUAUUCGACAAGCUGCCACCAACCAGACGGCCGCAGCCCAUCCAGGUUUUGGCUAUCCAUAUCCUGCCUCACAGUGGGACUGGCGCGAUUACUUCAUUGGUGCUGUCGUUUCGGGAACCUUAGCUUAUGGUGCUGUAUCACUAUUCAAGAAAUUCUUGUUGCCCCAUUUACAACCUCCAACUGCGACGGUGUACGAGGAAGAUCGGGAUGCUCUCACAGCACAGUUCGACGCAGCCGAAGCCCUAUUGAAGGAGAUUCAAGCCGAGACCACAGCUAUUCGCAGCGCUGUCGACGAGCAAAAAGAGAGAGUCGACAAAACCGUUCGUGAUGUUGAGGCCGUCGUCACCGAAAUGCGUCAAGCUGAAAGCACGACUCGCAACGAGAUGCGAGAAAUUCGAGAUGAAAUAGACACCAUACGGGAGAUGUUGCCGAAAAUGAUGGAGAAAAAUAAGGAAAGCCAUGGGCAAUCUAUGGCUGAGUUACAACAAGAGCUCAAGUCCUUGAAGGCUCUUCUUAUGAGCCGAGGUCCCAGUAUUUCCAACGUCCCUUCACCGGCGCCAUUGAUUGGUCGACCUUCAAUACCCGCAUGGCAACUAAGCAAUACGCCUACCAUGUCCACCCCGACCAUGGAUCCUGCGUUACCCAAUGGAACGAAUAAUGAGAAAGGAAAACAAGCCGAUUCUUCUUGA